UAUCUGGACCAUAUGCCACAGAAUUCAGGUGACAAUUUUCCCCAGCAGAUCCGUACCAGACAGGUGCUGCAAGUCAGUCACUGAAAUUCCAAGGAACCCACAAAAAGGUCUGUCUGGAAUCACUCAUUAUGAAUACUUCAACUACAUCAAUCUUCCUUCCAACUGCCACCAGCCAGGCUCAUGGGACUAAUCAGAGCGGUGCUGUGGGAAAGGCAGAGCCAUCGUAUGCUGUCCUCAAGUUCAUGGAGAGCUUCUGCCUCAUCAGUGCUGCCUGUGGGAUGGUGGGAAAUGGCAUGGUCAUAUGGUACCUUGGCUUCCGCAUCCGGAGAAACCAUUUCACUGUCUACAUCCUGAACCUGGCCGCUGCUGACUUUGGCUAUCUCCUCUGCAUCGCCAUUGAGACGGUUCAGUACCUGAUGCAGUUCAAUGUUGGGGUGCAGUUUGGGAUAUUUCUCUUCCUGGAUCUUUUCAUGUAUGGGACCGGCUUGUAUCUCCUGACUGCCAUCAGCAUUGAGAGGUGCCUGUCUGUCCUUUGUCCAAUCUGGUGCCGAACCCACCGCCCAAAGCUCUUGUCCGGCAUCAUCUCCGGCCUGCUCUGGGGUCUCUCCCUGCUGCUGAACACGCUCGGGUACAUUUUGUGUACCAUUCGCCCCUCUCCCAGGAGCUGCCAUCUCCUGCUCAUCGCCAUCGGAUCCUUGGACUUCCUCUUCUGCACGCCCCUCAUGCUGAUCUUCAGCCUGACUCUCUUCCUUAGAGUCAAGUGCAGCACCCAACACGUCCGAACAGGCAGGCUCUUCACCAUCAUCAUGCUCACCGUCCUUUUCUUCCUCAUUUUCGCCGUGCCUCUCAGCGUCCUCAUCCUCUUUGACUUCCUGGGCUACAAAUUUCUCUACUCCCCGGAGAUUGGCUUUGUGCUGUCCUGCGUGAAUAGCAGUCUCAACCCCAUCAUUUACUUCCUUGUGGGGAGCUACAGGGAUCGGAGAAUCAAGUUCACCCUCAGGCUGGCAUUCCAGAGAGCCUUUGAAGAUUCAGCAGAUGACAAAGAUGAACGGGAAACCCGUGAUACAAUAACUAUGUCCUCCUAA